AAUAGUUGUGUUUCUUCUCUCAUCUUUUGCCUAUGGCUAGGAACGAAGAACCCAAGUAAUCAAACAAAACUGCAAAAUUGGUGAAGAAAUGGUAACACCAGCAACUUCUGGGCUUCAUUCUCCAUUUGUUUGUUCAUCUCGCAAACUAUCUGCGUUCAACUCUUCUUCCAUUUUACCCUCUAAAUUACCAAGAAAUCAACGCUCACCAACUUCUUAUCCAUGCAUUCGAGCUGCUGAUCUUGAUCAAAACACAAUAGUAGCAAUUUCAGUUGGAGUUGUGAGUGUUGCCAUUGGGAUUGGCAUUCCUGUUUUUUAUGAAACACAAAUUAACAAUGCUGCAAAGCGAGAGAACACACAACCUUGCUUUCCAUGCAACGGCUCUGGAGCUCAGAAAUGCAGGUUCUGCGCAGGGACGGGCAAUGUGACAGUAGAUCUUGGUGGGGAUGAGAAAGAAGUUUCUAAAUGUAUCAACUGUGAUGCCCUUGGUUCUCUAACAUGCACUACAUGUCAAGGCUCAGGAAUUCAACCUAGGUAUCUUGACCGAAGGGAAUUCAAAGAUGACGACUAAACAUCUUUGCACGGCGGAUAUUCAACAUAAGGAUCGAACCAGAGUCGGGCAGUUAAUCUUGUCUUGCCAAAUACCAUAGAUUUUUUUGUAAUAUGUUAUACCUAUUCUAACAGCAUUUUUCUUCAACCUGGAAAUACUUGUCAAUCUUCUCAUUCGAUUUAUCGAUUAAUGAACUCAUUAUGUUUCCCUUGUAAAUCAAAAAGUUUGUCAUUUUUGAUGUUGUUAA